AUGAGCAAGCAUAAACUCGACGACGAGGCCGCUCAACUGGCCAAGCAGGAGCGGAAGAGGAGGAAGAGGGACCGCAAGGAAGCCCUUCGUCUGCAGGAUAUCACACCGUCUUCCACAGAGGCCACGGCCAACUCGACCCCGGCUCCAGAGGACAAGGCCAUCGACAGCGCUACUGACAACGACAAUGUCUUCAACAAGCCCGUAUCGGCGCUUGGAACGCUCCGCAAGGCCGAAGUCGAUAAUUUUCUGAAAACACAAUCAGUGCAGAUUUUUGAUCCCCAGAAUACAGACGUACAACCUAUCCUCGCCUUCUCGCACCUCCCCGAAGAGUUAGCCUCUCAAUUCUCAGGCGUUUUCGCCUCCUUCCAAAAGCCCUCGUCCAUCCAGUCUGCCGCAUGGCCCUUUCUGUUGUCCGGUCGAGAUGUGGUUGGUGUGGCGGAAACAGGCAGCGGGAAAACACUGGCCUUCGGCCUGCCUCUUGUCGUUCGCCUCACAUCUCUCGAGAAGAAGAAGGGAAUUAGAGCUGUCAUUGUGGCGCCCACACGAGAACUGGCGAUCCAAGUGUUUGAACAGUUGGACAAGCUCAGCAAGACAACUCAAAACCUGAAGGCGGCAUGCAUAUACGGAGGGACCAACAAGGACGAACAGCGCCGCAGCUUGAAAGGCGCAAAUAUCGUCGUCGCAACUCCGGGCCGAUUGAAAGACUUCAUGUCCGACGGCACGGUCGACGUGUCCAAGACGCGGUACCUAGUCCUCGACGAAGCAGACCGGAUGCUGGACAAGGGAUUUGAGGAUGACAUCAAACACAUCAUUUCCCAGAUGCCGUCCGCGAAGAAGCGACAGACGGCAAUGUUCACCGCCACCUGGCCAAAGUCGAUCCGCGAGCUGGCCGCAACCUUCAUGCAGCAACCCGUUAAAAUCACCAUUGGGCGCGAGGAUACCGACGACUCGGGAGAAUUGAGGGCCAACACACGGAUCGUGCAGAAAGUCGAGGUCAUCGACGGCUUUGAAAAGCAGCAGCGUCUUCUGCAGUUGCUAAAACAGCACACCGCCGGUCAAAAGCGCAACGACCGCAUCCUGGUAUUCUGUCUGUACAAAAAGGAAGCCCUUCGGAUCGAGAACUUCAUCCGCUCACGGGGGUUCAACGUCGCAGGAAUCCACGGAGAUAUGUCACAGUCUGCACGCAUCAACAGCCUGGAAUCAUUCAAGUCUGGCGCCACAACCCUCCUCGUGGCCACCGACGUAGCGGCACGGGGGCUGGACAUCCCUGAGGUGAAACUCGUCAUCAACGUCACAUUCCCCUUGACUGCAGAAGACUAUGUUCACCGCAUUGGUCGCACGGGCCGCGCCGGCAAGGACGGCCUCGCCAUCACUUUCUUCACAGAACAGGAUAAGGGCCUGGCAGGCUCGCUGAUCAACGUCUUGAAAGCUGCCAAGCAGGACGUGCCCGAGAAUCUGUUGAGGUUCGGCACCACGGUGAAGAAGAAGGUUCAUAGUGAGUACGGUGCCUUCUAUCGGGAGGCCGAGGAAGGAGAGAAGACGACCUCGACGAAAAUCACGUUUGACGAUUGA